GAACUAAAUUAAUAUUCUAUCUCCCUUUCUCCUCUUUCACUCCGCCGCCAAGACGAUCACCGCUGCCUCUGCCUCACCGCCGUUCCACCGGCUGGUCUCGUCUAAUGGCAUCUCUUGUCAAGCUCACCCCAUUUCCCUUGCUAUCCACUUCAGGCCCAUGUUCAUUCCCAGCCAAGACUCCAACUUGGCAUCCAAUUCCUCACACCCUUGGCAUAAAUUAUCGCCAAAUCGCUCAAAGCAGUAAAUUCGAUAGCUUUCUUGAUUUGGAGCCCAAAUCGAAACCGGAGUCUUUGAAUUUCGACAUUCCCUGGUUUAACCAAGCUGAUCGCUCCAAGUUCGAUGUCAUCGUCAUCGGCGCCGGCCCGGCCGGUCUCCGCCUAGCCGAGCAAGUUUCCCGCCGCGGGAUCAAGGUAUGCUGCCUCGACCCUUCCCUUCUUUCCAUGUGGCCAAACAAUUAUGGUGUGUGGGUUGAUGAGUUUGAAAGCUUGGGAUUAGAGGAUUGUUUGGAUGCAAAAUGGCCUAUGACUUGUGUUCAUAUGGAUGAUCGAAAAACCAAGUAUUUGGACCGUGCUUAUGGUAGAGUCAAUAGGAAAGACUUGAAAUUGAGGUUGUUGUCUGAUUGUGCAUCACAUGGUGUGAGAUUCCACACUGCUAAGGUUUGGAAGGUUAAUCAUGAGGAGUUUGAGUCGUCAGUUUUGUGUGACGAUGGUACCGAAUUGAGGGCUAGUUUGAUUGUUGAUGCUAGUGGUUUCACUAGUACUUUUACCGAGUAUGACAAGCCGAGGAACCCCGGGUUUCAGAUUGCUCAUGGCAUCUUGGCUGAGGUUGAUGAACACCCCUUUGAUUUGGACAAGAUGGUGUUGAUGGAUUGGAGAGACUCUCAUCUUGGAAACGAGCCGCAACUACGCGCUAGCAAUUCAAAAUUCCCGACUUUCUUGUAUGCGAUGCCUUUUGAUUCCAAGUUAGUGUUUCUUGAGGAGACGUCACUGGUGAGCAGGCCGGUGCUGUCGUAUGCAGAGGUGAAGAGUAGGAUGGUGGCGAGGCUGAGGCAGUUGGGGAUACGUGUGAGGGCUGUGAUUGAGGAUGAGAAGUGCCUGAUCCCGAUGGGAGGGCCCCUCCCGCGGAUGCCCCAGAGUGUGAUGGCAAUUGGGGGCAACUCCGGGGUUGUGCAUCCUGCAACUGGCUACACGGUUGCUCAGACAAUGGCACUUGCCCCUCUGGUUGCGAGGGCCAUUGCUGAGUGCCUCGGCUCCACUAGGAUGAUCCGAGGAGCUGCCCUUUAUCAAAAGGCUUGGGAUGGGCUAUGGCCUCUGGAGAGGAGGUGUCAGAGGGAGUUCUACAAUUUUGGGAUGGAGACAUUGUUGAAGCUUGAUUUGAAUGGGACUAGGAGCUUUUUUGAUGCUUUCUUUGAGCUUGAUCCACACCUGUGGCAUGGUUUUCUUUCCUCAAGACUCUCUCUUGGUGAGCUUGUUACGUUGGGGUUGUCACUCUUUGGACAUGCUUCAGCUCCUACUAAGUUGGACAUGGUCACAAAAUGCCCUGUUCCCAUGGCUAAAAUGGAGUGGGAAAGAGAUCAUUUCUCACAGUUCAUAACAGAAGGUUUUACUUCCUAUUGCAAGAGGAAGAGAACAGAUAAGGUCUAUGGAAAUAAUGUGGAGAUUCAGGCUUUAUCAGAAAUGUACAACCGGCCUAUACAUAUACAUUCUUGCAGCACAGAACCUAUCAAUAUAUUUCAUGGAAAUUACAAUACUGACACGCCUCCGAUACGGCUAAGCUACCACCAUGGAAAUCACUACAACUCUCUUGUUGAUCCCCGUAGGCUGACCAUUGGUUCUGGGCUUGGAUUUGGCUCCCUAUCAAUAUAUUCCAUGGAAAUCACUGUUUAUGAACAUUACUUCAUAUGCCUUGUCCUCCAAACUUCUCAUCCUCGCCAUAUUUGGUGUUAAUUUGACAGAUGGACAUUGAUAAGGGUAAGGUAAAAGCAGCUAUCAAAGCUCAUCAGGAUCAACAAAUCGAUAAUGCACUUCUUGCUGAGGGGCACUUCUACUCGGACCUUGAGCUGACUGAGAAAGAAAUUGAACGCAUGGUGAUGGAAGCUUCAAGGGCAGAGUAUCUAGCCGAUGACAAGUUCAAGCAACAAGUAGGUCCUAUGGAAUCCUCAACUUCUGGAGCUGAGCCCUCGACUUCUGAAGCAACUGAACUUGUGGAAAUAGGGCCCUCAGGAUCGCUACAUCUUCCACGUCCUCCGCUCUGAUGGCAUCGUGUUUCUCUGUAUGGCCAACGACACCUUCAGGAGUCAUGAAACAGGUUCAUGGAUGAUUUUGAAGUUAAUUUCUACAGGUCUCCUCCGCCUCCUCGCGAAGAAAACUAUGAGCUCCGGCAGAAGAGACACGAGGCUGAGGCUGAGGCGGAGACGCGAGUACAUUCAAUUGCGAUGCCUCCACCGCCGCCGCCGCGUCCCAGCAAUAGGAGAUUGGCAGUUGGAUUCCUUUCGAGCUUGUAGGCUCUUUAGCAUCCCAUGGCUAUCAAAUUAGGAUGUACUUGUUGAUGUGAGUCAAGCUCGUCUCGAGGGAUUCUGUCCGGGUGAGUUUGUUCAUGUUUCUCAGAGAGCUUAUUCUGUCAUCCCAUUUAUGGAAGCAAGGUGCUUGAAGCUCUUUCUCAAACCUGAAAGAGGCAAAAGUUAUUCCAAAAUGCUGAUUCAAAUUGAUUAUAUGCAUGUGCUUGUGUGUUUCAGAAUCCCUUUAUCGCACAGAUGAGUUUGUUGCAACUAUUGAAUGAUGCAUUGCUUCAUCCAUAUUUCAUAAGCUUGAACGGUUGAACCCAUUGAGCAGAAUCUCCUUUACACGUUAAGUUUUCCUAAGGAUGCCUUCCACGUUAAAAGGUGAGCAUGGCACGUAUUGAGUACAUUGCUGGAUUGUGGAAAUUCUACUGGCUUCCAAUUCAUCUAUACAUUUAACUCUUGGGAUUUUUUAUUGACAUUAGGCAAUAUGUUUGUUGGAUCUUUGAAAUCAAAACAGUUAAGUUGAUAUAUUUUGUGAUCUUGUAAAUUUACUAUAACUACAAGGUUCCUGACUGUUGAAAAGUUUGUGUCUAUUUCUCCCACAUUGCAGCCUUUUUCUGACCCACUGGUUUCGACUAGGCUCAUGUUGUGCACAUUGGUCAGGAAGAACUCACUUUGUCGUGCCUAUUCAACCCAAUUACAAGUUAUUGCUUGCUCUGAUUACGUCUGUGAAAUUGUAAAGAUUCAUUUGUCUCAAGAUGGCAGCAUGUAAAGAUAUAGUGAUUUCAUCAAGUGUAGUAUGCUUGGAUUGUUGGCAGGCUAACUGAUAGAUUUGUAUACGAAUUUGUUUUGGCUAAUGUUAAAUGGAGUUUAUAUAUGGCA